AUGCCCGUGAGCCACAGAAUUCUGCUGUCUUUGAAAGAGGCCGCCAAAGUUAUCGGCACCCAAGGUAACUCCAUCCAGUCUGUGCGUGAUAACAACAACAACGUCAAGAUCGGCAUCAGCGAGAAAGUGCCUGGCUGCUCUGACCGUGUCCUGACUUGCUCCGGCGAGGUCGAGGACGUGUGCAGCGCGCUAGGCGAUGUCGUUACAUUGCUGAACAAGCCCAGCGAGAACGAGGAAGAGACAGACAACCACCAUUUCUACUUUUUGAACCACCUGUUGCCUGUGCCAACCUUGGACGACUUGAAAGCUACCGACCCAGAGGCAUCUGAGGAGGCCCUGCACGAGCAAUUGCAGAAUAUAGGCUACUUGAGACUGCUCGUGUUCAACUCCCAGUUGUCCUCCAUCAUAGGUAAAGGUGGUAACCAGAUCAAAUCAUUGAUAGAGAAGCACGGUGUCAAGCUGGUCGCGUCCCGUGCCUUCUUGCCUGACAGCACAGAGAGAAUGCUGGAGAUCCAAGGUGUGCCUUCCGCCAUUAAGCAAGUGCUACUAGAUAUCUGCGAGAUCAUUGCCAAAGAAGAAGAAGAAGAGGAAAAAGCUAGAGCUGAAAAUAACAACGGUGAAUCCACAGGAAGGAAAAGAUUCGAGAGAAAAUACUACCCUCACUUGCAAAGAAAUAACACUAACAGCAGCAGCAACAACGGUAGCGUAGGAAACUCUGCUAACUCUCAGGAAUACACAGCCACAGUGAUGAUCCCAGAAUCCUAUGUUGGUGCUUUGGCCGGUAAGAAAGGUAACAGAUUGGCUAACUUGAGAAAGUUUACAAAGACCAAGAUCCUAAUGGAAUCAAGACCAAACGAUCUUGAUAACGAACACGAAGAUGAAAACGAUAUGGAAGAAGACGACGGUAGAUUAAGAAAAUUCACCAUUAUCGGCUCUUCGUCUAGAUCUGUAAACUUGGCUGAAUCUAUGCUGCAAAGAAACUUGGCAACCGAAAUCGAAAGACGUAAGGAAAGGUUGAGAAACUUGUCUGAGAACAACGAAUCUGCUUGA